GAAUUCUCCUACAUAUCAUAUCGCCCUUGUAUCCGUCCACGGUCCACCUAAUAUAAAACGACGUCGUUCGUUGGUGGGGUCUCUGGAGUGUGGUUUCCCUCCCUUCUCAGUUUUCUGUUUCAACUGUAUCAAGUUCUUUAUAGGACUACAUGAACCAAAUCAAAUGAAGUCUCAGCACAACACAACUCUGUGGAUAUCGAAUGAUCGUCAAGUUCACAUGGGGUAUCUUGAACCGCUUUUCCCACAUCUCUCGCCCACUGAUUCGUCAUUUCUCCGACCAAGCUACAGUCACGACAGAUCCCAUGUUUCCACAACAAUCCUACAUGGAAAUGUCCCAGAAAUUUUACGAAUCCAUGAAAGAAUGUGCAUCGCUCCGGUCGAUUCCCAUUGCCCGGAAACUUCAUGCCCAGCUCAUAUUUAUGGGGCUGAAGUCUUCAAUUUUCUUGCAAAAUCAUCUAUUGAAUAUGUACUCCAAUUGUGGAUUGAUUAGUGACGCUUAUCGGGUUUUUGGUGGCAUCAUGUUUCCUAAUGUUUAUAGUUGGAAUACGAUGAUCAGUGGGUUUGCUGAUUCGGGUCAGAUGAGGGAAGCGGAGAAGUUGUUUGAGAAAAUGCCCGAGAGAGACUCCGUUUCUUGGAACUCAAUGAUGUCGGGUUAUUUUCAUAAUGGGGAACUGGAGGCUACUAUAAAGGUUUUUGUUUCGAUGGUUCGGGAUUGUUGUUGCGUUCCUGACCCGUUUUCUUUCUCCUGUGUGAUGAAGGCUUCUGGAAGCCUUGGAUACUUGAAAUUAGCUUUGCAAUUGCAUGGUUUUGCAGAGAAAUUUGAUUUUGGAAUAGACACUUGUGUUGAAACUUCAGUUCUUGAUAUGUACAUCAAGUGUGGUGCAAUGGAUUUCGCUCAGAAAGUGUUUUGUAGGACCCCGAAUCCAAGUUUGUUUUGUUGGAAUAGUAUGAUUUAUGGUUAUUCAAAAUAUGGCAGCGUUAAAAAGGCUCUUGAGUUGUUUGCUAAAAUGCCUGAGCGCGACACUGUUUCUUGGAAUACGAUGAUUUCAAUCUUGUCGCAACAUGGGUUUGGCGCUGAAACUCUUAAUACGUUCCUUGAGAUGUGGAACCAAGGUUUUAGACCUAAUUCCAUGACAUAUGCUAGUGUUCUUAGUGCGUGCACCAGCAUUUAUGAUCUGGAAUGGGGUGCACAUCUGCAUGCACGGAUUGUUCGCAUGGAACCAUGUCUUGAUGUGUAUGCAGGGUGCGGUUUGAUUGAUAUGUAUGCAAAAUGUGGACGCUUGGAAUCUGCAAGGCAGGUAUUUGAUGGCUUAACUGAGCAUAAUGCAGUCUCUUGGACCUCUUUAAUUGGGGGAGUUGCACAGGCUGGGUUUCAAGAAGAAGCUUUGGUAUUAUUUAAUCAAAUGAGAGAGGUGCCUGUGGCUUCGGAUCAGUUCACUCUUGCAACUGUUCUUGGAGUUUGUUUGAGUCAAAAGGAUAUUUCUAUUGGGGAACAGCUCCAUGCACAUACGAUCACUCGUGGACUGGAUUCUUCUGUUCCUGUGGCAAAUGCUCUUGUUACAAUGUAUGCGAAGUGUGGAGAUGUUUGGAAAGCAAAUCAUGCAUUUGAGUUGAUGCCAAUAAGAGAUAUAAUUUCAUGGACUGCAAUGAUUACUGCAUUUUCUCAGGCUGGUGAUGUUGAAAAAGCCCGAGAAUAUUUUGAUAAAAUGCCAGAGCGGAAUGUAAUAUCCUGGAACUCAAUGUUAGCCACAUAUAUGCAACGCGGGUACUGGGAAGAGGGUCUCAAAGUAUACAUCCAGAUGCUAAGGGAAGGGGUUAAGACAGAUUGGAUCACUUUUUCAACUUCAAUCAGUGCCUGUGCUGAUUUGGCAGUACUCAUACUUGGGAAUCAAAUUUUAGCUCAAGCUGAAAAACUAGGGUUCAGUUCUAAUGUUUCAGUUGCAAAUAGUGUUGUUACCAUGUAUUCAAGAUGUGGGCAGAUUGAAGAAGCACAGAAAAUGUUUAGUUCAAUUGUUAUGAAGAAUUUGGUUUCUUGGAAUGCAAUGAUGGCAGGAUAUGCUCAAAAUGGUCAAGGUCGGAAAGUUAUCGAGAUCUUUGAGAAAAUGUUAAAUAUAGGAAAUGUGCCUGAUCAGAUAAGUUAUGUAUCUGUUCUUUCAGGUUGUAGCCAUUCGGGAUUUGUUUCAGAAGGGCAAUAUUACUUCCUGUCUAUGACUAAAGAUCAUGGCAUCUCUCCAAUGAGCGAGCAUUUUGUAUGCAUGGUAGAUUUACUUGGCCGGGCUGGCCAGUUAGAGCAGGCUAAAAAUUUGAUCAAUCAAAUGCCCUUUAAACCGAAUGCUGCCAUUUGGGGAGCCCUGCUUGCUGCUUGCCGGAUCCAUGGCAAUACAAAAUUAGCAGAACUUGCAGUGAAGAAUUUGCUUGAGUUGGAUGCAGAAGGACCUGGAAGUUAUUGUCUUCUAGCCAAUAUAUAUUCGGAGUCCGGAAAGAUACAAGGUGUUACAAAUGUGAGAAAACUGAUGAGAGACAAAGGAGUCCGGAAGAAUCCUGGUUGUAGCUGGAUUGAGGUUGAUAAUAGGGUACAUGUCUUUACUGUAGAUGACACAAAUCAUCCACAAAUCAAGGAUGUCCAUAGAAUGUUAGAGGAGAUUAUAAAGAAGAUAGAAGAAAUUAAAAACUAUGCCAAUGUGAUGAAUUCUGGCAGAUCUCAUAAUUACCAUAGUGAGAAGCUUGCUGUGCCACUUCGAUUGAUUAGUUUGCCUGCUUGAUUGACCAUCCAUGCUAUGAAGAAUCCUGAUUGUUCAUGAGGUCACAAAGCUGAUUUUCAUUGCUAACUGAAGGGAACUUGUACUGUGGGAUGCAAACCAUUUCAAUCAUUUAAAGGAUGGAACCUGCUCUUAUGGAGCUUACCAGUGAUCUAAGGUAUGCUGAAACUCCAUCUAUUAUUCUCAUAGUCAAUCUGGAUUUAAGUUUCCCAUCUAUCCAUGCGUGAUAACUUAUUUUUAUCCACCAUCCAAUUUAGUUAUGAAAAGGAAAAAAAAAAAAACCUUGUACAUUUUAUUUGAAGAUAAACAAAUAAAAGUAAUUACAGCUACCGAGAGUCUCAAAUGCUGAAACGUUAUUAAUGCUAAGGGACAAGGGAUGCUACUGAUUCAAUCUAAUAUUGUAGAACAACUGUGGAUUGAUGCAAUCUGUUUCUCCUUGCUAGUGCCUACACUUUUUUCAUAGCCUGGGCAAGAUCAAAGACAAACUUACUAGAAUUUUACAGAGAAAAAUGUGAAGAUUCUCUUUACUUAGUGAACUUUAUGUCUGGGUUCCUCAUUGAUUUGAGCCACAUGUCUGCCAUUACACGUGAGGAAAUGCUCCAUAAUAUAUCCUGGCUUUUUGAGGGGACAUGUUUUCCUUUUUUUCCUGCCUUCCCCAAUCCGAAUGCCAACAGCCACUGCAUUGCUGUCAGCCUCUGCUUCUCGGUAUCCCACACAUUCCUCUUACCCCCCUUUUUUACUUUCAGACCUCCUAUAUGCAAACUUCCGACUUUGAAUCUCUUGUCUUCAUCAUAUGUUUUUGGCUUUACAUCAGCAUGUGUUGCAUGAAUCAACACUAUCACUGGGCCCCCAACUGACUCAAAUCGCCUUAUUGGAUCCCGCAGCUGAACAACCACUGUUAGUGUGAGGGUUGUUUGGCUCUCAGAGUCUCCAUCAGAAGUAUUCAAACUACUAUUUUUCAUCCAUUCCUCAAGUGGAAUGGCAGAGGCAAGGGGAUGAUUUUGAUCUUUACCACUGGUUGUGGCUGUUUUUCCAACGAGUGAAGAAACUUCAAACGGGGCAUCUUCCUCAGCCAUAUCUGCCUGAAUUUUCAGAGCUUCAACUGCCAUAGCCUCAAUCUUCUGCAUUGAGAAUGCUAGAAUCUCAUCCACUGUCAAUGGGUCUUCAUUCACAUUCCAUAUUCCUGUUGAGAUUCUCUCCCUCCUGCCUGUAUUCAUUGCAGUUGCCAUGGUUUUAACUGCAGCAACGGUACGGGCAGCACUUGAGCUAGCACCUUCUUUGUUCCUUCCGAGGAUGAUUGCUGAAGCAAUGCCUUCAAAAGCUAUCUGUUCAGCUGUCUUACCUAUAAGUUCAUCAAGGGGCAUUGAAGAUAAAAUUUCUGAGCUGAGUUCUUCAAGCCCAGUUGCAGCCAUCUUCUGAAAUAACUCGAACCCAUUCAUGGAUUUAUGAGAGGUAAGGACUAAAGCUUUUGAUAACUGCAUUGCAAGUUUUGGGGUGUCCUUCCUUGUUACUGCAGUAUCUAGAGGAUUCAUGGCAGCUAAGUAGCCUCCAUCCCUGGUCUGAACCACACAGCCCAGGCCCUUUCCAAGAUCUGGGAGAAAAACCAUGGUAUCUGCCUCUGUAGAAUCCUCAACUCCUUCCAGCUUUAGAGGUGGGAUAUCAGAUUGAUUGAAUCUCAAUUCACUAUCAUCUUCAGCCUCUAGCAUCUGAAGAAAUUCUCUAGUCACUGUUUCUUCGUCUGCAUCCAGUCUCGGCACAUCUGUUUCUUCCUCUGUUUUGUUGAGUUUUUCUCCCCCCAUCAUUGAUUCAAGAGCUUUUAUCUGCUGAGCAAUGGAAUCAAGCUCAGUUAAUCUUGUAAGAUGGACCUGAUCAUGCACAACUUCCUUCACAACCUCACUUGACACAGACCUUUUAUCAACAUUUUCUUUCAUCUCUCCUUCGCCAGCCUCUUCUUUGUCUUGGAUCUCAACUCCUUUGUCCACAACAUCAAAAUCCAGAACGUCUAGAUCUUCUAUCUUUGAUUCAGUUUCUUCUGACUUUUGAAUAGAGGGAGAGGUUGAAGGCACUGGAGCAGGUUCAUCAAGAUUCAAGUCAUCAAUACCUUGGAGAUCUCCAGUUGCUCCUCCCUGUGAAGGAGUCCAAGUUUCUGAUCGGCUUGACAUCCUUGGACUGGGGAUGCUAAAGGAUGAUUUCGACUGCUUACGGCCAAAAGAGGAUGCGAAAUUCAUAGAUUUACCGGACUUCAAUCCCUCAGACUGACUAUAAAUUCCAACCCCCCCAUCUUUCUCCAUAAUCUGAAAUCCCAAUUUCAGAACAAGUUCUCCUCCUUUUGCUUUCCCUGAUAGAUUGAAGCUCAUGUCCCAUUGUCGAACUCGUGUACCUUCAGCGCUUUUCUCUAUGGACUCCUGAAUAAGGAGACUCAAAUCCACCAAACUUCUUCCAAAAUCAAGCUCUUGAGCAUCAACUGCAAACACAUAGAUCAAAAAUGGUCGUGGCUCAAAUUUUUGCUGUUUUCCACUGUCAUAACUGCAGUAAACAUGACACUUAAGAAACAUAGUCUCUUCAAAAUCAGCUGCUCCCUGUGAAACUCUUGAUGGCAUUGUGUGAACUGCGCCUUCCUUGGUUUCCUUCUUCCUAACACAAACUGAAAGCCGGAGUCCGUUCAUAGAAGCUGGAAGUCCUUGGACAGUGACAACUUCGACAGAGAACAAACAGCUCAGCUUCUGCAUCCCAAUGUGCGAAAGGGCUCGAAUUGGCUUCCAGUUCCAAAUUCCUUUCUUCUCUGCUGAAGCUGCCUUUUCAUUCAACUUCGUGAUGGGUUGCUGGCUCAAAGGCUUUGGCUGAUCCUUCUGCCCAUUUCCAUCAUCGAGCUUUGGCCUAGACCGCCAUGGUGAGAGAGACAUGCGCCUGGAUCGCCCCCUGGUGCUGGAUUUCUCCUCAUUUUUGGCUUCAUCAGCGGAUAAUAUUGGGGGAACUGAGCUUCGAGGGAGAGCAAGGGAGGCAGUUCUUCGAGCAGUGUGGGACUGGUAGAGGGACUGACUGAGCUCUUCCAGUUCUGCUAAGAGCUGGGUGCUGGAAUUCCUUGGGUUUGUUUCUUCUGCCAUUGUUGACAAAGAAAGAAAGCUAACAAGAGAGCCCUGCAACUGGUGAUGAUAGUAUUGAAGUUAUGGUAUUGCAUUAAGGAAAAGAUAAGGUAGUUUAGAUGGAUGAAAGGUUAUGAGGUGGAGAAAUUGCCAUGAAAGAUGAGUCUUCAGAACCAGGAAUUUUCUACGGUUGGAUUUUGUGAUGGAUAAGGGAAGAACGAUUGUCAUCUCUCCCUCUCUCAUUCUCCAGAAAGAGACAGGCCUGGAAACACGAGGCAAUCCGGUCCCAGAGAAUUAAUUGUUUGUAGUCAUGCGUCCUCCAUUACUAGUUUUGUUAUUUACUGCUCUGCAUUUCAGUUUUUUUAUCA